AUGGGAGGGCAUUAUAUAAUUGCGGGUAGAAAAAUCUUAAAUGAAUACGUAAGUCAACAUCUUAGUUUCCGUCAUUCUUUAACACUCGCCACUUGGACUACUUUUGGGCUUGGCGCCUUCGCUGCAACACGCGCUUUGUCAAAAAAGGCUGGUCCAACUCCACCUAUCGUUACGUCCUCUUCUGAUGAAGAGACAUUUAUCAAGGAAUUCUUGCAAGCUGCCGAGGCUGAAGAAAAGAACGCUCAUUAA